CCCAUGACUGAGUGUGGAUCAUCCUCUAAUACAACUCUUUUUUCCUGAGUCUACAAAUUCCCUUGGAAAGAAUGGACUCAGUAAAUGUCUCCUUGGUGACUGAAUUCCUUCUAGUAGGAUUAACACAUCAGCCUUAUCUCCAAAUACCCCUGUUCCUUCUGUUUCUAGCAAUGUAUCUAGUCACUGCAUUGGGAAAUUUGGGUUUGAUUAUUCUAGUUUUGUUAAAUUCACAUCUUCACACACCCAUGUACUUUUUCCUCUUUAACUUGUCCUUUAUAGAUUUUUGUUAUUCUUCUGUGUUCACUCCCAAAAUGUUGAUGAACUUCAUAUUAAGACAGAAUGCCAUUUCCUAUAUGCAAUGUAUGACUCAGCUCUAUUUCUUUUGUUUUUUUGUUGUUUCUGAAUGCUUUGUGCUGACGUCAAUGGCCUAUGAUCGAUAUGUGGCUAUCUGUAAUCCACUUUUAUAUAAUGUGAUGAUUUCCCCUCAAGUGUGUUUAAACCUAACGAUUGGUUCCUAUUUGAUGGCAUUUUCUGAGGCUGUAGCUCUCACUGUGUGUAUGCUGACAUUGACUUUCUGUGAUGGAAACAUCAAUCACUAUUUCUGUGACAUCCUUGCUAUGCUCCAGCUCUCUUGCUCAAGCACCUAUGUUAAUAAGCUUGUAGCUUAUGUCAUAGUGGUCAUCAACAUAAUUUUUUCCACUCCUACUAUCUUUAUCUCUUAUGGUUUUAUCCUCUCCAGCAUCUUCCACAUCAGUUCCUUUAAGGGUAGGUCCAAAGCCUUCAGCACCUGCAGCUCCCACAUAAUUGCUGUUUCUCUGUUCUUUGGUUCAGGAGCAUUUGUGUAUUUCAAACCGUCCUCACCUGGAUCUUUGGAAUGGGCAAAAAUUUCUUCUGUUUUUUAUACCAAUGUAGUUCCUAUGAUGAACCCAUUAAUCUACAGCUUGAAAAAUAAAGAUGUUAAAAUUGCCCUAAGAAAAACUUUGGUAAGGAGGAAGAUUUGAUUGGAUACGUAUGUACUUUUUGUCCUCAGUAUGACUUG